AUGCUGUCAAGACAACUUCCCCGUCUCGCCACAAGACGGGCACGCAUCCCCCACACGGCCCGCCAGCUUCGUCACCAAUCGACCGCUUCCAGCAGCGACAGCGGCAGCUUCCUAUCAUGGUCCUCGAGGUCCGGCUUUGCGACGGGCGUUCUGGGCGGCGUGGUCGGCGCGUCGCUCGCAUACGGCGCCUACACCCUGACGCCGGCGGGCCGAACCGCCGCCAAGAUCAACAAGGCCGCGAUUGAGGCGAGGAAAAAGUACGAAGCGGCGGCCAAGGCACUCCAGGACAGCUCGCCCAGCGCCGAUCGGGCAGCCGACUCCAUCAGGCAGUUUGCCUACUCGUACGCGGCGUGGGUGCCCGGCGGCAGGGGCUACGUCGACGCGGCCUUCAAGGACUGGGAGGCGGUGCGCGACGCCCACGGGGACGAGGUCGACGCCAUCGUGCGAGACACCUACAAGAAGCUGGGGGAGGUGUCGAGGGCGGGCCUCAGCCUGGACACGGCGUCGCAGGCCGCCAACGUCCUGGCCGAGAUGUCGCAGCGCAUCGCGGCGCUGUCGAGGGAUGCGCUGGAGGAUGUGCUCGACAACCAUCCCCGACUCAGGGACAGGUUCGGCGGGAGCAUAGACGAGCUCAAGGGUAUGGCGGAGAGCUACGGCCCCGAGGCCAAGAAGCAGGUCGACCGGGCGUGGAGGCAGGCCGGCGGCAUUCUGGCCGGCGGCGUAUCGGAGGAGAGCCUUGCCAAGGUGAGGGAGUUGCUGCAGCAGAAGACGCAGCAGGUCAAGGGUCUGGGGGACGAGGCGUGGAAGAAGGGCUUGGAGACGGUCGCGCCGUAUCUGGACAAGAACCCCAACGUGAGGACGCUGCUGGAGGAGAAUGCGGAGGCGUUGAAGAAGGGCGGACUGUCCAAGUUGCUUGAGAGGCUGCGUUCGGCCGAGAAGUCGGGCCGUGUGGACGAGCUGCGCGAGUAUGUGGACGAGGUUGUUGGCAAGGCCGGGAGCAAGGCGAAGAAGGCGGCGUCGAGCGCCGGGCUGGAGGGCCUGUUCGACGUGGUUCCGCGGGGCGGCGACGUGGUGAGCAAGUUGAGGAAGGUAUGGGAAGUGGCAGAGAAGCACAGGGAGGAGGGCGAGCAGCUGCUGAAGGACACGGUUGAGGAUUUGAACAAGGUCUUGGAGGACAAGGCGAAGCGGGCGGGCGAGAUUGUGAGUGAGGCGGAGAAGGCGGCGGCGAGGGCCGCCAACAAGAAAACGGAGAAAUAG